UAUAUAGGUUGGUUUAAGUGGGGCAUAGGUAGACUUAGGGCCAGGAGAGGAGUGACCACCUUACCAAAUCAGAGGGAAUGCUGACAUCACGGACCAGGCACUUAUCAAACCUAAGGAGAGAUGGUUGGAGUUGCAGGUAAAGUGGAAGUUAUGAGAUAAGGGUGAAAGAUGUACCACUCUAAUUGACCUACAGUGCAUUGUACCCUUUGAGUACAUUAUACAUAAUUUCCUCAAGCCACUGAUAAUUCUUUUUUCGUCACUCUAAAGAACCGACUCCAAGUGUUCAGCGACAGUUACAUAAUAAAUGGCAAGUACAUAAAGUAUGGCUCCUAAAGACUGAAGUGUGUGUAGCUGAUAUGCAAAGGAUUUCCACAGACCACACUGGAUGGCAAAAGGAGAAGUUUCUGCAUUCCUUCAUCACCAAAGUACCUGUUCUAUAGGUGUCCAAUGUGAAAGACACCCAGAGACUGUAUGGAUCAGAACUGCUUGUCUUAAGAGUUUGUGAAGAACAGAACCGUGGAUAGAUGCAGAGACUAUGCUUUAACCACAUUAAGAUGCAGUGGAAGAAGAUAUGUUUUAGCAACAUCUGCAAGUUUUUACAGCAAGCCUGGUUAUGGUUGAUAUGAAUGAAAGUGGUUGAAAGGAACAUAUGUAUAACUCUAAAUUUACUGCUGCAUUAAACGCAGUCACUAGUGGUCAUCACAUCACCUCUGUCCCAGUGGUCCACCGCACUUUCAAUUCUCAGUUAACAAAAUAUGGAAAAUAUUCUAUUGAGAGGGAUCAUGUUGCUUAGGCAUCACUCACCCUCUAGGUGGGGACUGUAAGAUUCUGGUAAAAUAUAGAUAUCUAUUGUGGGCUCCUAUAUUUUAUUAAAUCAAUAAUGAAACCUUUUCUUCUAGUAGAGGAAACAGCCUAAUUAGCUUAGCAUCUGGUUGUCUGGUCCAAACAAUAGGAGUUUCCUAAUUUGGGGAAACAAAGGUACUGCUCUGGGAAAGGUUCGGUCACACCUAAACUCUAAUUAACAUUAUCAAAGGAUGAGGGACACUGGAGCCAGCACUGAAUGGAUCCCUGGUGAUAUGCAUAAUCAGUUAGCCAGGAAAGAGACGUUGCGGAGACGCAAACAUGACAACAUGAAAUAUCCAAAAUGGAGGAUGGGUAACUUCCUGUAACUGACUGGUAUGUGCUAGCAUCAUUCAAAUGGACCAAUCAGGAGAGACUUCUAGAAAGUUCUAGAAUCCACCCCUCUCUCCUGUAUAUAGGUUGGUUUAAGUGGGGCAUAGGUAGACUUAGGGCCAGGAGAGGAGUGACCACCUUACCAAAUCAGAGGGAAUGCUGACAUCAAGGACCAGGCACUUAUCAAACCUAAAGAGAGGUAUACUUAGGCUGUAUAAUCUUCUAGAGUAGAGGUUUCAUAGAGUGUGUUUAUAUGGUGUGGUGUGGGAUAUUAUUAUUAUUUAGGUGGUUGGGUCCCUGUGUUUCAUUUAAGUGUGUUUAGUUAAGUUAGUAUUGCGUAUAUUUGUAGUGUAUUGUUUUUUAUUACCCUUUUGUGUUUAUUGUAGCAUAUUGUUUUAUCCAUUUCAUCUACUUUCUGAUUUAUGCUUAUGUAAAUAUUUGUUUCCAAUAAAUAUAAAACCAUUUUUCACAUUUAUUGUUCAGUGAUCUCUUUGCCACACUAUACUGUAGAACUUUAGUUAUAUUAAUAAUCUUACAUAAUUGGCUUAGCCAGCCACGAGGCAGAUAUUAGAGUGGCAUUGAAAUCACUGACAUUGGAAAUAUAUAUUUGCUGAACAUAAAUUUAGUAGGAAAAAUGGAAGGAAUUAACAAAUAGAUUGCAAUGAUUAAAAAUACUGAGGAUCUGUUAAAGUGUAUGCUGGGUGCAGAUGAUCCCUGGUACCAGGUCAAAAGUUUUGUAACCACAGCAAUUAAAGAAAAAGUCCUAUCAAACGAGAAGGGUAGGAGAGAUUUGUUAUUUUCUGCAUGUUGGAUUGCAGAGAACUAUAAAACUCUCAAAGAUCAGAAUAAGAUGUUGGGGGAAAAGCUAGAAGAUCUGAAAGGUCAUUAUAAUGCCCUUAAAAUUACAGCAAGCACUGCCUCAGCCAUGUGUGUUAAUUACCAUAAAACUGUAAAUGAAAAUUCUGCUUUAAAGGUGGAAAAUGAGGAACUUUUAGGACGGUUAAGAGAUGCAGAGGGAGCUAUACGUUGUCUUGGUGCAUUGCUUAACCAACCACAAGUUGAUCAUUCUCACUGUAAAAGUGAAAUUGAGCACUUAAAAGCACAACUAAGGAGAAAGGAUGCAGUUGUUGCAGCUUUUAAUGUUCCGGGAAAUCCAAUCACAGGUAACUGGGAAUCUAUAGCACACAGUUUAUGUGGCAUUAAUGACAAUUCAUGUAUGGCUGCACCAAUGGCACCAAUUGCAGUGCAUAUAAAGACUGGGACAGAUGGUGAGGAAAUAAGCAGAACAAGGGUAGAAACUUCAUUGUCCAAUAGUGAUAUAACUGUUCUAAGAAGGGAGCUUGGACCUGUUAGGAUAGAUGAUGACCCUGUGGAUCUUAUGAUCCGUAUCCAGAAUUUCCAGAAGGUGCAGCAUGAUCUCAAAGAUAGUGAUGUAUUUAAUGUCAUUUCUAGCAGUUUAGAUCAUGGCAUAAAAGCCAGUAUCCCUAGUUCUGUUUAUAGGACAUGUAAUUCAUUGUCAAGUCUAAUGGAUGCUGUUUUAGAUAUUUUAGGUUGGGAUAUAAACGCUGCUCACUCAGCUUUUGUCACCUGCAAGCAAAGGAGAGAGGAGCCGGUACAAGCAUUUUCUGAACGCCUCUAUACAUUAUACAGCUGCACUGUACAGAAACCAGCAAAGGCAGACCUGAAGGAUAACGUGUUCAAAUCUGCACUGCUUACACAGUCCCUUCCAGAAAUCUAUCAACUAGUUGGGUUAACUGUAGGUCCAGCCAACUCUUACCUGGAAGUAAUAGAUUGUUUAAAAAGAGCAGAAUCUGUGGUGAAAGAAUGCCAAAGGGAUUUCAAAAGCAACAUUCCAGUUGUUAAAGUGUCAUAACCCAUAAGGAAAAUGAACACAGGAAGGCCCACUUUUUCACCCAAUCAAUCCAAAAAGAGAUGUUAUGCAUGUGGUAAUCUGGGACAUAUAGCCAUGAACUGUACAGCAACAACAAACUGUUCAAAUGCAAAUGUUCAGUCCUCACCGCCCAUUUCACAAAUAACCAUGCUACUCCAGGAUAUGCAGAAAGACAUUGAGGUCUUGAAGAGAAACAGAUUAAAAGCAAAUGCUAUAUUCCCUCCAGACCCAGCACUGCAUAUUAACACACAGAGUGAUGUAGACAGUAAUCAAGAAAGCUAAAAACAAAAAAUUAUGUGAAAAUGAUCAUGGUAACUUACCCCUAGCUUUGAUAAAUGGUGAAAGGAGUACUGUAUUGUGUAUGUAAACUUUUUUGAACAAAUAUUUGUGUGUAUGAGGCUUCAUAGUCAAAUAUCUAUACUAUAUGUACAGUGUAUGCUUGCUAUGUUACUUUAAAAAUGUUGUCAAGGUGGGGACAGCAUGAUUCUGAAAAAUGGAAUGUGUAGGAAUGUGCUUAGGAGAAGUGCAUAAACAUAGCAUUUUAAUAUUUAUCAUGUGUAUAAUAAGUGUAAAGAUGACAUCCUGUUUUUUUUGUGUAUAAACAUGUCCCUUUUAUUGUAUUCAGAUGGUUGGAGUUGCAGGUAAAGUGGAAGUUAUGAGAUAAGGGUGAAAGAUGUACCACUCUAAUUGACCUACAGUGCAUUGUACCCUUUGAGUACAUUAUACAUAAUUUCCUCAAGCCACUGAUAAUUCUUUUUUCGUCACUCUAAAGAACCGACUCCAAGUGUUCAGCGACAGUUACAUAAUAAAUGGCAAGUACAUAAAGUAUGGCUCCUAAAGACUGAAGUGUGUGUAGCUGAUAUGCAAAGGAUUUCCACAGACCACA